GAGCCGAAGAAGAGGCAGACUUCAUUCUCUCUGCAGUUCGCGGACACAAAUAACAUCCAGCUUCUGCACACAGACACUUGUUUUACAUCAUGGAUCAGAAACAAACAAUCAACUUUGGCGCAGGACCCGCAAAACUCCCCAAAUCUGUGCUGUUUCAAGCACAGAAAGAACUUCUCAGCUACAGCGGCAUCGGUAUCAGUGUUCUUGAAAUGAGUCACAGAUCAUCAGACUUCAACAAAAUCAUCAACAAGACAGAGAGUCUCCUGCGAGAGCUGCUAAAUAUCCCAGACAACUACAAGGUACUCUUUCUGCAGGGUGGCGGGUCUGGACAGUUCAGCGGCGUUCCUCUCAACUUGAUUGGCCUUAAAAAAGACAGGUGCGCCGAUUACCUGGUGACAGGCACCUGGUCGGCAAAGGCGGCUAAAGAAGCAGAGAAAUACGGCAAAGUGAACAUUGUCCACCCGAAGCUGGACAGUUACACGAAAAUUCCCGAUCCCAGCAGCUGGACCCUGAACCCCUCAGCCUCCUACGUGUACUACUGCUGCAACGAGACAGUCCAUGGUGUGGAAUACAACUUCACGCCUGAGACAAAUGGGGUGGUCCUCGUCAGUGACAUGUCCUCCAACUUCCUGUCCCGGCCUGUGGAUGUGUCAAAGUUUGGGCUCAUUUUCGCGGGGGCUCAGAAGAACGUGGGUUGUGCCGGAGUGACUGUGGUUAUUGUGCGAGAGGACUUGAUAGGCCACGCUCUGAAAGAGUGUCCCAUUGUCCUGGACUACAAGGUGCAGGCUGAGAUGAACUCCCUCUACAACACACCACCAUGUUUCAGCAUCUACAUCAUGGCCCUGGUUCUGGAGUGGAUCAAGAAUAACGGUGGCAGCGCUGCCAUGGAGACGCUCAACAAGCAAAAGUCCUCCAUGAUUUAUGAUAUUAUCAACUCUUCUAAUGGUUUUUAUGUGUGUCCUGUGGACAUGGCCUGCCGAAGCCGCAUGAAUGUACCUUUCCGUGUGGGAAAGAAGGAAGGAGACGAAGCCUUGGAAAAGCAGUUUCUGGAAGGUGCAUCCAAACGUGGAAUGAUUUCACUCAAAGGACACAGGUCAGUCGGAGGAAUCCGUGCAUCUCUGUACAACGCUGUGACCCUGGAGGACACCGAAGCCCUGGCUGACUACAUGAAAGAAUUCCUCAAAGAGCACCAAUAAAACCACCAGCACGCUUAAAGGCACAUGAUGUCACAUAGUGGCACUUCUGAAUUUAGAGCAGUUUUUAAAAAGAAAUAACAUAAAGCUAAAAAGUUAUUUUGUUGACUCCUCUUUGAUGUGCAAAGUGCAUCUUAUUUUGUUAGCACACAUUUCUUGUUCCUCAUAAAUAUAAACCACUUCUUUAUCAUAUAAAUGUUUUUUAAAGAAUUACUCUUCUAAUUUGUUGACUAACUUUUCUUUAAUGUACAUACUCAAAGAAAUGACUGAUGUUUGUUAAAAAAGAAUUUACAUUCCAAUAAAUCUAACUUGAAAAUGCAUUUAA